CCAUUCGCCGUGCGUUAGUUUGUUUUUGCCCUCAGCCAGGAGAAGUUGGUUCACUACGACGCGCGCGCCACGCAAUUCUGGUUUUUUUUUUUGCGGGGGGGGGGGAUUACUGCCACACUAAAGGAUACAAAACAAGCAAUCCAGAUGAGGUAACAUCUCCGCUCGAGUGAAACAGGAAGCGUCGCCUGCGAGCAGCCAUGGGCCAGAGAGCUGUGCUUCUGCUGCUGCUGCUGCUGCUGACAGCCUCACGCACUCUCCUCGCCGUCAGCUUCCCCGAGGACACGGCGGCCCUCGACGUGGUCGACGCGCACUUUGCGCGGAGAUACCCCGUGUUCAGAGGCCGGCCCUCUGGCAACGAGUCCCAGCAUCGCCUGGACUUUCAGCUGAUGACUAAGAUACAGGACACUCUGUUCAUCGCCGGCAGAGAUCAGGUGUACCUGGUGAGCCUGAGAGAAUCCUACAGGAAUGAGAUCAUUCCUUACCGGAAGCUAACAUGGCGAUCGGGCCAAUCGGACAGAGACACGUGCGCCGUCAAGGGAAAACACAGAGAGGAGUGCCACAACUUCAUCAAAGUGCUGGUUCCCAGAAACGACGACCUGGUGUUCAUCUGCGGCACCAACGGCUUCAACCCCAUGUGCAGAUACUACAGGCUGGAUAACCUUGAGUUUGACGGGGAGGAGAUCAAUGGACUGGCACGAUGCCCGUUCGACUCCAAGCAAACCAACGUCGCCCUCUUCGCUGAGGGGAAGCUGUAUUCGGCUACUGUAGCGGACUUCCAGGCGAGUGAUUCCGUCAUCUAUCGCAGCAUGGGUGAUGGAUCAGCCCUGAGGACCAUCAAAUACGACUCCAAAUGGCUGAAAGAACCUCAUUUCCUGCACGCAGCAGAGUAUGGGAAUUACGUGUACUUUUUCUACCGGGAGAUUGCGGUGGAGCACAGCAAUCUGGGCAAGGUUGUGUACUCCCGAGUCGCCCGGAUCUGUAAGAAUGACGUGGGCGGGUCACAGCGGGUCCUGGAGAAGCACUGGACGUCUUUUGCAAAGGCGAGGCUGAACUGCUCCGUGCCGGGGGAAUCCUUCUUCUACUUUGAUGUGCUUCAGUCCAUCACUGACAUCAUCAACAUCAACGGAGUCCUCUCGGUGGUUGGUGUGUUCACCACUCAGAUGAACAGUAUCCCAGGGUCAGCAGUGUGUGCUUUCUCGAUGGCGGACAUAGAGGCGGUAUUCUUGGGGCGGUUCAAAGAGCAGAAGACUCCUGACUCUGUGUGGACUCCAUUUCCAGAGGAGAAGCUCCCCAAACCUCGACCCGGCUGCUGUGCGGGUCAUGGUCCAGCUGCGUCCUUAAAGAGCUCCAUCGAGUUCCCGGACGAUACCCUGCAGUUCAUCAAGUCCCACCCCCUCAUGGACACAGCUGUCCCUUCGAUUGGGGACGAGCCUUGGUUCACCAAGACUCGCGUCAGGUACAGACUGACAGCGCUGGCUGUGGACAAUGAAGCAGGACCUCACAAGAACUUCACAGUGGUGUUCAUCGGGGCCGAGUCUGGGGUUGUCCUCAAAGUUUUAGCCAAGACCUCCUCUGUGUCUCUGAAUGACAGCGUGCUACUGGAGGAGAUCGACGUCUUCAACAGGGCAAAGUGCCUGUCUAACCGCGAGGAUGACAAGCGCGUCCUCUCGCUGCACGUGGACAAAGAGGCGCACAGCCUCUACGUCGCCUUUUCAAGCUGUGUCAUCCGUAUUCCCCUGAGUCGCUGUGAAAGGCAUUCUUCCUGCCACAAGUCCUGCAUUGCAUCGAGGGAUCCCUACUGUGGCUGGAUGUCUCACGGGGUCUGUGAGAGGAUACAGCCGGGUGUUUUGACUGGAUAUGAGCAAGACAUUGAAUUGGGAAACACUGCCCACCUGGGAGACUGCCACGCGUUUUUGGGCAGUACAUCAGCGCCAGAUUACAAAUCAUUUGGCGACCCUACCUCUGACAUGGAGUUUUCAACAACGCCAGUCACAGCCCACCCCAGUGGGCCCAUACACCCCCCAGUACUCAUACCCACUCAGAGCCCCAGCUCUGGGCCUGGUCCAGAGCUCUACGGCUCAGACCUUGUGCCGCAGGAUGACCCAGCCAACUCUAAUUCUUUAGACUCUAUCCCAAGGGGGCACGAGGGAGUGUGGGAUAUUCAAGCAGGCGAGACCAACCAAAUGGUCCACAUGAACAUCCUCAUCACCUGCGUGUUUGCUGCGUUUCUCAUGGGUGCCCUCCUGGCUGGUCUGAUUGUUUUCUGCUACCGAGACUCAUUCCUCCGUAAGCCGAGACAUGUCCACAAGGACGCGGAGUGUGCACCGUCCUGCUCGGACUCCACUAGAAGCUUCGUCAAGCUCAAUGGCCUCUUUGACAGCCCUGUAAAGGAGUACCAGACCAACAUCGAUUCUCCCAAGCUCUACACCAAUCUGCUGAGCAACGGCAAAGACCUGAAUUCACCCAACGGAGACACCAAGACCAUGAUCCUGCGGGAUGGCUGUCAGCCCCCUGAGCUGGCUGCCCUGCCUACACCUGAGUCCACCCCUGUGCUUCAGCAGAAAAGCCUGCAGCCCAUCAAAAACCAGUGGGAGAGGGCUUAUGCAAAGGCCAGUGGACCUCGCAAGGAGUCCAACUCAUCCGCCAUGAGUCCUCAGUUCCUUCUUUCUUCUGCCGGUGCUCCUCCCAACUCCAACUCCAACCACCCUCACCUCGCCUUGGGACACUCCCACAUCCCUAGUGCCGUCGUCCUGCCCAAUGCCACACAUGACCACUCUAACCUCGAGAGUGGAGAGGAUACAUUGCCGCAUUCAUCUGAAAGGAAGCUGAGGAACCCAGACUCUAAGGGAGGUAGGAAGGAGCAGAAAAGGUCUGUGGAUGCCAGAAAUACCCUAAAUGACCUUUUAAAACACCUUAAUGACUCAGUGGCCAACCCCAAGGCCAUUCUUCCAGAGGGAUCGGGGCCCCGCCCACGGCCACAGCUCACUCUGGAGCCCAUGGAGGAACUGACUGAAUUACCCCCCAAGGUGCCCAGCCGGGAGGCUUCCUUGUACUCCCCCUCCUCCUCCCUGCCGAGGAACAGCCCCACCAAGAGGGUCGAUGUACCUCUGCCCACCACUCCCACAACGCCAACGGGCAGCCUGAGCAUGGGGGGCACCCUGGAGAGGCAAAGAGGGGGGUAUCAACUCCACCGGAGUGCCUCUCACAGGCACUCCUUAUCCACCUCGCCAAACGGGGUAACCAUGGGGGUGUCUGUGUCUCGCCAGCACAGUAUGAACAGAGGGGGUUACAUGCCCCCAACACCCCCCUCCAGACUCGACUCCCAAGGCGGAGUGAUGGGGGCGGGAAUGCACUCAGCCCACCAAUCGUCUGUUCCGCGACAGGGCAGCUACAGCGGGUAUGGCUCACUCCCUCGCACAGGGCUCAAAAGGACCCCCUCGCUAAAGCCAGAUGUGCCCCCUAAACCCAACGGGUUUUCACCACAGACUCCACAGAUGCGAGUGGUCAACAAGUACAGUUAUUAAAAGAGCCUGGACACUUCUGAGUGAGCUCCUGGACUAGACUGUAGAGCUUUUGAGCCCUGGGGGCUUGGGAGGAGGGGCCUAGUGUGUGUUUGUGUAUCGACUUGAGGUGUGUUCCCCCCUUUAAAUGAUAUGCACAUUCACCCACACCAUGAUAAAGGGAAAAUCACACGUGGCCAAAGAAACUCCUUGGGGCUUUGUUCGCUCCCCCUCAACUCCGUCUCCCUCCCUUGUCACGGUAGCCGAAGGACAUGAACAGGGGACGGCGGGGAAUCCGCUGGCCCCCGCUCCAUCCGGGCUCGGGUGUCUCCCGUUCCAAUAUUAGGUACGAGGUUUAUGACACCGGUGGGUCCGCUUCGGCGUCCGUGUGUGGAGCGCUGGGUUUGAAGCCGUUGAAUACUUGAAGAAUGGGUCUCAUUUGGCACUGCCCUUGAGCGCUGUCUUCCCACUAAUGUGAACUGAACAAAGAGGAGGAGUAUGCCAUGCCUUUGUUAGCAGGAUGGCUCGGGGCAGUGGAGAGGGAAAUCCAAAAAGUGUGUGUGUGUGUGUGUGUGUUGCUUGAGAUACAUAUAAGCGUGGACAGCUGGACCGAGCGGUGAGCAGACAGAGAAAAGGAUGCAUGUGAAUGUGUGUGUUGGUUGGAAAGCGGAUUUGUGUAAAGGUAGUACACUCAUUGGGCCUUCACACUUGUUUAUCGAGAGUGGCAACAUGCCAGAGGAUGCAAAUUAAUCCCUGACUAAGACCUAAAUCCCUGUCUUUCAUCUCAAUAAUAUUAUUACAUCUUUGGUCUUUUCUGACAAAGGUGAAUCAAGAAGAACUCAUUUAAAAAAAAUCAUCCUGUAAGGUUUUUUGGUGUUUAGGUUAAGAUUAAGUGAAGGUGGCCAUGUCUAAAGUAGCAGAGGGACUCACCCAGAAAUAUUUUUUAUUUGCUGCUAUUGGUUUUAGACUCAUGCAUUUUUCACUCUACCAGACUAGGCAUCGAUACGGGAGCGCGAUUCGGCUUUUUUGUGAAUGUGUGUGUGUGUGUGUGUGUGUGUUGUAUUACAGGCCAGGAAGUAUAGUUUUCAGCAACCACACCGUUUAAACACAUACAAGGGGAAGAAUGCUUCUCGCGAGGAUUAAAAACUCCCCUCACCUCCACUGCCCCUUUGUAGGAACUUUACUGGUGGUUCAGGAGACUUCUUUCUUUAUGUAGCAAUGGUAUUAAGAAAAAACAUUUCUCAUCUCAUUCUAUAUAUUAAUUAUGAACAAAAGGAUUUACCUUCAUAAUGUUUUACUGUGUUAUUUAAAGAUUUUACCAUAAGAAACUAAAGCAACACCAAUGUAAGCCCGUGUAAAUUAAUCCAACAUUUUACAUUUCAGGGCACUUCUGUUAAACAUGUGUCUCCCUUAAUACAAUAACACUAGAACUUUCCUUCUACUUUAACCCUAUUAAAAGGUAUAUUAAUCUGACCAUAGAACAAUACAUCCCCAUGUCAUUUGCCGUGUUCCCUGUGCAGCUUCCCUGCGACUGGCCAGUGUACAAUCAACACAACAAAUUACCAAUGUGUCCAAAUGAGUCAUGCUGGGAAUGACGAGUUCCUGUAUAUACUUAAAUAUUAUAAAUAAGGAGUAUAAAUAUUUUUAGGCUAGUGAACCUGAAUCUGUGCAUUGUGUGCCUUAUUCACAAAACAAAUUACUACAGUAUAUAAUAUUGGCAAUGUCAAUUGGUCCUCUGUAUGUUAUUGUCAUAUUCUAUAUUAUCAAGUUUUAUAUUAAGGAUUAAGGAUCAGCCAGAUGUGUUGGAAUAUCACGAACCGAAGUGAUGCGGAAAAGAAAAUUGACUGACAAGAGACUCCACUUAUUAAUGCUAGUCUCACAAAAGCACAGUAAAACCCUUUAUUUUGGGUGUAAACCCAUUUUUACCUUGUUUUCCUUUUACUGCCGGUGUUGAAAGGAACGGUGUUAAUCCACCACAUGGAGGUGCCAUGCAGUGAAUGUAUUUCCUUGACAGUGGGAUGUAGGGUGGUUAGAUCUCGCCGUGUGUAGCAGUCGCCUCAACGCAGCACAUCCCGUCCACAGCCAACGCAUUAACACAGUGUUCACAUGGAAGACGCGAGUCCCCAGGAUCACAGCGACAGGAAUCCCUUUCUAUUGGCCAGUAGUGGCGACUCUCUUGGGUACACGGUUCGGGUGACAUCUGCCAUCAUAUCCGAGGGGUCAGUUGCCUGUUCGACCCAAAGCCACGUUUUGUUUACAAGUGAUGAUUGUAUGUAAAGACUUUCUGCCUGUCAUCUUUUCUACCCGACACGUGCACACGCGUGCACGCUCGACAUAACAGACACACACACUCGACAUGCGACGCUCAACUGCCUUGUACAUUGCAAUAUGAACGGGGUCUUUCUGUUGCAAUCUAAAUUGAAGCCUUUAUAUUUCAGUCGGAGCUCUGUGGAUGUGCAGAUGAACCGGAAUUUGUCAUGUUAUUUUGAUUUGAAUGCUGUGCAACGUGGCGAUGCCAGACUAGCUGUACAGAUGAUCUCCAGAGUAUUUCAGCCUGUAGAUAUGUUUUAAAGUUGUACUGUGAAUGUGUAAAUAAUAAUGACGGUCUUUGUUUCAUGACGUUUUUUGUUGAUUUUUUUAACACGGCAUGUAUAGUUGAAAUAAAACAUUAUGGCACAGAAA